UGGAAAUGCAACAACAGCCAGUUGGGCCCCUUUCUCUCGUCACCUGUUGUGGCACUUUGCCAAACGUACAUACCACGCACAGAAUUAUGCUGAGUGGCCUUUCGUGGGCUGCCACUGGGCUUUUACUUGUUAGUUUACCUAGCGGAUGGUCCCUGGCCUUUGACUCGACCUACGCGUGGUGCCAGUACCAUUGCUCCGAGUUUGCACUGGCCCACCCACGCAAUUGCUCGACGUGCCAGCAGGACGAUGGCAUGUCGUCAGAAGGACGUCGCCGACACUUGGAAGCUGCCGCCACAUCCAAAGCAUCCUUGAACUUAUCCAAUGCGUCCUUGAACUUGAUUGCAUGCGACGCACAUCACCUCCACGUCAACAUGACAACGAAAGGCGUGGGGUUUCAUUCAUUUUGGACUCAAUUCCAACAAGCCACGGACCACAUAUUGGACAGUCCGACCAGUCUCUUCCUGCAGGGCUGCGAUCUAUUCAACCUGGCGUCACUGCCGUCCAUCGAUGUAGCCAUGGCAAUGGGCAAUGCAACGAUGGCGCUGCCAGUGUUGGUGCAGUUGCAGCGAUCUCACCACGAACACGAGUGCGUCGAGGCCAUUCAAUCCAUAGCAUCGACGGCAACUGUCGUGAGUCGAAGCAACGGAAUUGACCACGGUCGUACAGUAGUGCUAGUCCAUGCUACCUUGGACCAGCAGGUAGCCAUGUCAUCCUUAGCUUGUGUGGACGACCAAGUGUUGCCGCUGCCUCCGCUGUUCAAAUUCAGUCCGUUGGCGCGCUCUCUGCAUGCCAUGUACUCGACGGCGUCUCCAGCGGUGCACAUUGCCCUUGUGGACGGCGCAUCCUCGUCCGGCGUCCUGGCGUCGUUGAAUGCUGGGCUGAAGAGCACCACGGGCAUCCACAACCUGGUUACGUUCGAUGACGAUGGCCUCUUGGGGGUGCCACCACUGACGAAUUUCAAGACGUGGGCGACAGCUAUUGCGUUGGCUUGCAGUCAUCCUCUCGUCGAUUAUGUCACUCGAACGUCCAUCAUGGAGACAUUCGACUUGCCUCUGUCGUCAUAUACUCGGUCCAGUGACUACUCGAGUGACCAGAUCUCAUCCAUCGUUGGCAUCGACAACGCCCACAAGCAUGGCAUUUUGGGCCAUGGGGUCGUGGUGGGCAUCUCCGACUCUGGCUUGUACAUGGACCACGACCAGUUCGACCAGCCAAGUCCCCGGGAGUUCGGCACCAUCAACCCCCACGCUCGAAAGGUGGUGCUGUACGAACCCAUGGCAGACAGAGUGGACCAGUCCAAGUCGGUCACGUGUGGUCAUGGCUCCCAUGUGAGCGGCAUUUUGGCAGGCAGUUCCUGGAGCCAACUGCAUCCGGAUGUGGGCGUCGCUCCACAGGCCAAGAUUGCGUUUACAGACAUUGGCAGUCAAAACGCGUCGUGUGCCAACAACAGAGCCUUGGAAUGUCCUGUGAAGCUGACCACUCCGUUAACCGCUGCGGCGUUGAUGGACAAGCAAGUCCAAGCAGGCGCCAAGAUCUUUUCCUACUCGUGGGGCACUCAAAAAGACGACUACAGCAGACAAGCGCAAAAUCUAGACGAGUACUUGUUCAACCAUCCCGAGAUUUUGGUUGUGAUUGCGGCUGGGAAUGGCGGCGACGACGGCGUGCGCACGAUCAGCUCUCCUGCCGGCGCGAAGAACGUCAUCACGGUGGGGGCAUCGCUGACAUCUGCCGACAGUUUGUUGGCCAAGUUCCGAUGCCCGCGGGUGUACAACCCCCAGAGCGUCGCGUCGUUUUCGUCGCAAGGGCCCACGAGCGACGGACGGAUGAAGCCGGAUCUGGUCGCUCCGGGGGAAGUCUUGUGGUCGGCCAAGAGUGAGGCCCCUGGGUCCACUGCCAAAACCAGCGACGUAUGUCCACUCCAAGGCACGUCGCAGGUACGAACAAAAUGUCAUUCAACAUAUCAUUCGUGUCAAAAUGAUAUAAGAUAUAUCUGUAGGCCACGCCUGUGGUUGCGGGUAUGGCAGUGUUGAUUUACGAGUGGCUACGAGACGGGUGGUGGCACGAGGGAGUGUACGAUAUCUCCGUGGGGAUGACGUACAUUCCGGCGUCAUUGAUCAAGGCGCUGUUGGUCCACAGCUCAAACGGCCUCGUCCGUCGAUUGGAUCACAACAAAGUCCACCAGGCAUGCGACGCUCGCACCAGUGUGCCACUGCACUACCCAGACAUGAGUCAAGGUACGAGGUUAUAGUACAUACUACUCACAACUCUAAUAGUUACUAGACUUGGCUCAUGGUGAUAGUGUAUGUAGGCUACGGUCUACCCAACAUGUCGAACGUAGCCUUCUUCAGUAGCGACGAUCCCAUCGUCAAGUUUUGGCCCAAUGCGUUGCAACCGGCGGCGCCGUUGGUGGCCCACCACAGCCAAGACUCGUACCCAGCGACGUUGACUCGCCAUCAAGUGUUUCGGGCGACGCUGGUAUGGACGGACCCACCGGGCAAUUUGGUGGCUACGCGCAUGUUGCAAAACGAUUUGGAUUUGUUUGUGACUGUGCGAGGCGCGCCGCACAUUGUCGUGCGUUCGCUAACCUCCAGCGACGAAUGUAACGACCGACUCAACAACGUGGAAAUGGUGCAAGUGUCGUACAAGGACGUUCUUCGAGCCGCGGGGUCCUCUGAACUGCAAAGCCGACAAGCGAUCGAAUUGGAGCUGCAUGUCAAGGGCGCGUCUGUGUUGAUCCACGGACCUCAGGCGUACUCCGUCGUGAUGUCCAUCACCCCAUCGACUGGGGCGGCGUCGCGGCGGUCGUCCGGGAAAUCGCCCAUGAGCACGCUUAUGGCCUCGAAUAGUUGGGAUGACUGGAGUAGUUUGUGGUGGGCAAGUGCACUUGGAGUUGUCUGGAUUGGCUUGGUGGUUGCGCUCGUUCGCCAUUUUCGACGACACAAGGAUCAAGCCCAGCCUACAAAGAUGGUGGUGCACCUGCACUCAGAUGGAAAAAGUUAUGGCUCGACAUAGUCUUUUAAAGCAUAUUUUCCAUAAA